UCUUGGAUAUCCUGAGCCCCUGUGGUCACUACAGACCCUGAAUUAUGCAACACUCAGCAUGACAGCAUCACUAUGCUUAAAAAUUUCCCUCCUCACCCCCAGAUUCUGUUUCCCCAUCCGCCAGGGUUGCCUAUAAAGAGAAGAAGAGAUGGCUUCGAACUUCAGAAGGACGCAGGCAGCAGAGAGUGGCCAGUCCCUUCUUGGUUCUGCAGACACUCGAGCCCACAUUCCAUCACCUGCUCAGAACCAUGAAGGUUUCUGCUGCUGCCCUUGCCAUCCUCCUCUGCACCAUGGCUCUCUGCAGCCAGGUCUUCUCUGCACCACCUGGUGCUGACACGCCGACCGCCUGCUGCUUCAGGUACAUCUCCCGGAAGAUUCCACAGAAUUUCAUAGCUGACUACUUUGAGACCAGCAGCCAGUGCUCCAAGCCCGGAAUCAUCUUCCUAACCAAGAGAGGUCGGCAGGUCUGUGCUGACCCCAGCCAGGAGUGGGUCCAGAAAUAUGUCAGCGACCUGGAACUGAAUGCCUGAGGGGCCCAGAAGCUUCGAGGCCCAGCGACCACGGUGGGCCCAGUGGGGAGCAGGAACCCGAGCCUUGGGAACAUCCCUGUGGCCUCCACAGCUACCUCUCCUAUGGACUGGCUGUUGCCAAACAGCCACACUCUGGGACUCUUCUUAACUUAAACUUUAAUUUAUUUAUACUAUUUAGUUUUAUAAUUUAUUGUCAAUUUCACAGCAUGUUUGUGAUUGCUUGUUCUGAGAGUUCCCCCUGUCCCCUCCUCUUCCCUCACACUGUGUUUGGUGACAACCAAGUGGCUGUCAUCGGCCUGCUGUAGGCAGUCAGGGUACCAAAGCCACCAGACUGACAAAUGUGAAUCAGAUGCUUUUGUUAUUAUAUUUGAAAUAAUAAAGAUGCUCUUUUAAAAGGUAAA